AUGCGAAGAGAGCAGCUGCCUCGGGAUUGCAGCUUCGGGUGCUUUCCCACUAUUCAAGGGGAUGGAAAGUCCUAUUACAGCACCUCUUACCAAGCCCAUUUUACGGGUGAAUGGACUCCGCCUGCAAAGCCGAGUGCAAAGCACGUGUCUUCUAUAAAACUUGGGGAUCCCAGGCUGUGGAUCUGUGGAUCUGUGAGCGAGCAGAAACACGCCUACAGUGCCCCAGAGGAGAGGACACCCAGAGUCCACGACAAGCAACGUGCCACCUCCCAGAUCCACCGCACGAACCUGCAGCUGGAGGAUGGGCGCACCAGAUUCUCCCCCUCGACGUCGGAGCACUUCGCAGCGCACAACACAGAGCCUGUAACGAUUGUCCGGCUGAACAAAAACACCUCGUCCAUCCCCAGAGGCGACGAAGACCCUGAGAGAAAUCAAGCGUUGGCGAGAACUACUACACAGCUCUCGUACCCGGAGCCUGGCAGGUGGAACCUCGCGCCGAAGCCUGACUCGCUCCUUCAGCAGAAUCGAAGCAACAUCUCCUUGGGACACAAGCGUUCAGGCUCCCAUUUCUUCAGCACAACGCAGAGGUCACGCUACCACCACACUGCCAAGAGGGUGACAGCAGACAGCAAGCGCCACCGCGAAAGCCACAUCCCCUCUAACUACCCCACCCUUCUGCCAGCACGGCUGGUGGUGCGCGACACCCCUCCCUGCCGACAGAGCCACCCGCCCGGACCAGCUGCACGUCGACACUGCCUGUGA